UUAAAGGAUGCCAAGGUGGUAUUUGUUGUUGGUGGACCAGGUAGUGGUAAAGGAACACAAUGUGCCAAAAUUGUAGAAAAAUAUGGUUUUACUCACCUUUCUACUGGUGAUUUAUUACGAGAGGAAGUAGCUUCAGGUUCAGAAAGAGGCAAGAAGUUAACUGAAAUCAUGAAAAAAGGAGAUCUUGUCCCUCUUGAUACAGUAUUAGCUAUGUUGAAAGAUGCUAUGAUAGCUAAAGCUGACAAGAGUAAAGGAUUUUUGAUAGAUGGAUAUCCAAGAGAAUUGGAUCAAGGCCUUCGAUUUGAAAAAGAGGUUGCUAAAUGUACCUGUGUAUUAUAUUUUGAUGUAUCUAAUGAGACAAUGACAAAGAGAUUGUUAGAGCGAGGUAAAUCUAGUGGUCGAGUUGAUGAUAAUGAAGAAACUAUUAAAAAACGAUUACAAACCUUCCAUAAUCAGACAAAACCUGUUAUAGAUUAUUAUUCACAACAAGAUAAAGUAGCUCAUAUCAAAGCUGAAGGAAGUGUAGAUGAAAUAUUUACAGAAGUAAAGAAGUUUAUGGAUAACCAAUCUUGGUAG